AUGGCUGUUUCACAGACGUCUAGAUUCCUGUGGAUUAUAGGCGCAGCUUUUGUGAUUUUACCUCACUUCACUGUGGGAUUGUUGUCUGACUACAAGAUCUGUGGAGAUUCUGAGUGUGAAAGCCUGCUGAGCAGAGUGCAGGCAAUAAAGGACCACCGUGGUAAGGACUGCCGUUUCCUGAGCUUCAGAAAAGGAGACACCAUCUUUGUUUACCACAAACUAACUGGAAAGAGAGAAGACCUCUGGGCCGGCAGCAUUGACAGACAGUUCGGCUAUUUCCCAAAGGAUGCGGUGCGAGAGGAGCAGGUUUAUGCAACUGCAGAGAAAGUAGUGGAAACACAGGAAUCAGACUUUUUCUGUAUGGAUGAGUCUGGCUAUCCCAUUGACUCUGCUCAUCUGGACAUUGAGGAUGAUGACAGUGAUCAGAAAGUCCAAAUCCAGGAAUCAGAAACCACCCAAACCACCCCACAUACAGAAGACACAAAUGUUGAAGGUCCUCUGACAUCAGCAGACCCCUCUGCAGAAUCUCCAGUUUCAGCACAGAAAACAGAAGAGGAUACAAACAAAAAUGUCGAUGAUGCUGCAGCCGGGCCUCACGAGGAAGCACAAGAGACUGCUGCGAAUCUGAACGAACAAGGUGGGUCUCCCUCUUCUUCCUGGCUCGGUUCCUCAGUGACAGGAUGGUUAGGUCUGUCUAAAGAGGAGCAAUCUGGCAAUUUGGCUGAAGGAGAGAAGGAAGAUGAGAGGAAAGAGAUCCAGGCAGAAGAUUCGCUCGCUUCUUCAGUGACAGGGUGGCUGGGGUUUGGAGGACAAGAAAAACCUGACGAUGCCAAAGAAAGUGAGAAAACCAGUGAAGAAACUGCUGAAUCAUUCACUUCAACCAUGACAGACUGGCUCGGCUUUGGAGAUGAGAAAAACACAGAGCAAGAUGAACAAAAAGAAAUGGAUGAAGAAAAAGAAGAACCGGUGGAGAAAUUCAGGAGUAGGAGGAUGUCUUUGGACCUUGAAGGCAGCCAAUUACAUGUAGAGGAGAAUGAAGAGAUUGGGACCUUGGGUUGGUUGGGGAAUGGACUGUCGAAUACGCUGGGGUUUGGCCAAACCAAUCAGGACUCAGGACAUGAGGCAACAAAUGGAGGAGAAAGUGAGGAGGAGAAGGAGCAGCCGGCAUCUAGUUCUUGGUUGAAUGUGGGGAUUGAGGACAUUUUAGGUUUUGGGAAAGAUAAUGUUGGAGCUGAUGAAAGGACAGUAGGUAGCUUUAAAGAGACAGAUGAAGAUACAAGGUCACAACAAGAAGAAGGAUCACAGAGUGUGGAAAGCCAUCAAUCACAGUCUGCUCUUACAAGUGAGGAAAAGAUUGAGACUAGCAAUGACUUACAGGUGGAAGAACCUCCAAAAGACCCAACCACCCCACCCACAGAGGCAGUCACUGCUGACAAUAAUGAUAAUGAUUUAGAGUCUUCAGACAGUAGUAAGAGCAGCGUUCUGCAAGUAGAUUCUGAGUCUAUGGAUGAUCGCAAAGAUCUUACUUCUAAUACCAAAUCUGGGGAAGAAUCUCAGACUAUAGAUGGAAUGUCCUCUAUGAUCAACAGCUUUUUCCAAAUCGGUGACAAAGGGGAUAAAGAAGAUGCUUUAGAAGAUGACAGUAAAGAGAAAAACAAAAUGGAUGAGGAGAUACCUGCAGAAAUGGAGGGCGAAGAUCACGAGAUGCCUAAAUCAACAGGAAAUGAGGGUAAGGAUAAUAACAAUGAGCCAGGAGAGGAAGAAUUUAAAAUACAGUCUGACAGUAAUUUGAGCCCUGACCACAGUUCUGUGGAUUUAAAAUCAAACUCCAUCGAGCAGCCUGAAAAUAAGGUUGAGGAAGAUGAUAAAGAUCAGCUGCAAAGUGAGAAAACAGAGAGUGUACAGGACGAAGGGGCAGAAGUCACAUAUCAGGCAGAAGAAUCUAUCGAUGUAUCUGACAUGAGUGGUGACAAUCACGAAGGAAAGAGCAGCAAUGAAGAGACAGAAUUAACUCACAGAGAAACUGUCAAGGCUCACACUGAGGAAUCAGCAGAGGAAAGUGAAGUCAGUAGCGAUGUAGAAGACAGCAGCACACAGAGUCAGCUUUUCCUGUCACAAGCUCAUGAGAGAAAUGAACCAAUCCCAGUUAAGGAUGAAAGUUAUACUCCUCAGAGAGCUGAAACAAAUGAUGAUGAUUCACAUACACUAGCUACGACUGACAACAAUGCAGAAACACUGUCACAUCACGGUGAGUUGGGACAUGAGGAAGAAACACAACCUGUUGAGGGCAGCUCUGAGGAAUUCGAAUCCUCUGACUCUACCAGAACAAGCACUGAAAGUCUGGAUGAAAAUGCCUCUGAGGAGAACAGAGGAACCAUCUCCUCUAGUGGAAGCACAGCAAACACAGAUCAGGCCUCUGUGUCUCCACAGACGGACCACAGGGUCACACCAAGUGAUGGUGACACAGACGAGCUAAAGGAAACUGUUGAAGGAACUGUGAAUGACAGCGCAAACAACCUCCAGCAGGCUCAAACUGAGAAAGAGACAUCAGGCGCUGAGGAAAAAGAUCUGAAUGAAAAUGACCUAAAGCCAACAAAGUGCUCAGAAACAGAAGCUGGGGAAGUGGUGGAGUCAGAGAAUGUGAGGGAGUGGGAGACAUCAGAGGUUGAGGAAAAUGAGAAAAUAGAGGAUUUAAAGGAGGUGGAAGAGGAAGAGAGGGAGCAGGAGGGCAUAGAGGAGGUAAAGUUAGAGGAACAGCAGGAGCAACUGGGGGACUUGAAGGAAGAGAGUAAAGUCGAGACAUCAAAGGAGGUGGAAGAGAUAAAGGAAGAGGAGAAGCAGCAGGAAGUAGAGGAAAAGCAGAAUGAGGCAGAGGAUGGAAAGAAAGAGGAGACACAGGAGGAAGUACAAGGAGAGGAGCAACAGGAGAUAAACAAAAAGAACAAACACGAGGACAUGGAAUUAAAGGAAGAUGAGAUGGAAAAGAGAGAAGAGGAUUCAAAAGAGGAAGAAAUACAGGAGGGUUUGGCAGAGUUAAAGGGAGAAGAGAAAGGGGAGGAGACAAUGAAGGUAAAUGAAGAGAGAGGGCUGGAGGAGGCGGAGGAGCGAGAGGAGGCGGAUAAACAGCGGAAGACAGACGAAUUGCCAGAGGAAGAAAAUCAGGCCAGGGAGGAGGAGUUAGAGAAAGAGGAGAAACAGGAGGACUUAAAGGAAUUUGAGGAGGUAAAGGAAAACGAGACAAAGGAAGAAGACGGAAAACAGGUGCAGUCAUCUCAUUUGGAGGAGUACGUGGAAAAUAUAGGGACUGACAUUAGCAGGCCUGAGCCAGAGAGCGAUAAGAAAGGGACAGAAGAUGAAGAAGACUUUACUGAAUCUGCCGCAAAGACUGAAAGCCCACAGGCAGAGAGGGACAGCAGAGAGUAA